UUCCCUGGCUGUGUGCUUUUUUUCUGAACGCUUGGGCUCAUCAUCAGAGAGAGACGGAGAGGCAGAGCGAGCGAGGGCUGAAAGGAGGAGGCGAAAGGCAGCAGCGGCAGCGGCAGCGGUAGCGGCAGCAGGAGCCAUGGCUCGGGCGAGCAGAAGAGCCUCCUGGGCAAGCCUUGCCACGGCUACCUGACCCCCAGAAGGAGAAGGAGAAGGCGAGGCACCGAUGGAGCCCGAAUGAGAAAGUUGCUAACUGGCUGCGCCAAGGAAGAAGCAAGGCUCCCUCCGGAGGAACUCCCGGCCUCGGGGUUUUGGGACCCUUUCUUUGGUCUCUGCUCCCCGGAGAAGAGUGACCAGCAUGGGGCCCUCCUGGCUGGUGCCCCCCAGGUUCCCCCGGAGCCCUAAGUGCUGAGGGCCCUUUGGCGGCUGUUGGGUCCCUCCGGAGGGCCCUCCCCGAGAGGCAUGAGCGAUGCCAGGACCCAGGCUGGGCGGCCCCCGGCCCUCCUCUUGGACCGGGACCCCCAGCCCCCGGAGCAGCCCCCGGGGAGGGAGGGCGCCAGGAUGGGACGGGGGCAGGCUGCUGCUGCUAAUGCUAAUGCUGCUGCUGCUAAUGCUGCUGCCGGAGCCCCCCAAGGGCUGGCGGCGGGGACCUCGGCCCCCAGCCCCGGCUCCUCCAAGGACUGCGCCUCCGAGGCCGAGAGCCACGGCGCCGCCGGAGAGGCCGACUACUGCCGGAGGAUCCUGGUGCGAGAUGCCAAAGGGACCAUCCGGGAGAUUGUCCUUCCCAAAGGCUUGGACCUUGACCGGCCCAAGAGAACCCGGACCUCUUUCACCGCUGAACAGCUCUACCGGUUGGAGCUGGAGUUCCAGCGUUGCCAAUACGUCGUGGGCAGGGAGAGGACGGAGUUAGCCAGGCAGCUCAACCUCUCAGAGACACAGGUGAAGGUCUGGUUCCAGAACCGGCGCACCAAGCAGAAAAAGGACCAGAGCCGGGACUCCGAAAAGCGUUCCACAUCCACUUCCGAAUCCUUUGCCACCUGCAACAUCCUGAGACUUCUGGAGCAAGGGAGGCUGCUCUCCGUCCCGGCCCCCCCUGCCUUGCUCUCCCCGGGCUCCAACCCUAUCAGUUCUUCCUCCGGAAACGGGUCCUCUUUGGGCACCUCAGAGACCACCUCGCCCGUCCUCAGCAGCGGGGCCAGCCCUCCCGGGACUGGGGGUUUCAGCCUGCAGGUCCCUUCCCUGGCCACCUCGGCCUCCCCGCGGCUCCCUGCCACCCCGCUGUGCUUCAGUGGCCCACUGCUGAGUGGCCUCCAUGACUUGCCCAGCGGCUACGGACUGGGCACCUCCGCCUUUGAGCCUUACAUGCGGCUGGAGAGGAAAGACAGUGCGCUACCCAGCAAGAAGCCGAGCCCUUAAGCCACCGUGACAGCGACCGAAGCCGUCACGGUUACGAUGAUGAUGAUGGCGACGAUGAUAAUAAUAAUAUUAAUAAUAAUUAAAAUAAUAAUUAUAAUAAUUAAUUAAGACAAAUGGAGUGUCAAAGGAGUGCCCCGAUCCUUCCCUUGCUUUCCUCUGGCAACCUUCCCCCCCCUCACGCCGGAUCUUGCCCUCGCCUUCCUUCCUCCCACCCCACGCGGGGUUUCUUAUUUGCCAGUGGGACUUCAAAGAUGAUUUACCAAAUGUCAGCGACAAAACUUGUGACGUGUGCCUGUGUGUGUGUAUGUGUGAGUGAGCGUGGGUAUGUGUUCCUUUCACGGAAAUUAAAAUGAACAACUACAGACAA